AUGGCACAUGAAUGUGCGGGUGGUGGAAAUCUCACAACAGCUUCUUGUUCUGAAAAAGAGAGACUAACUCUUCUCAAGUUCAAACGCAGCCUCAAAGAUGACCAUGGAAUGCUUUCAUCAUGGGUUGGCGAUGACUGUUGUAAGUGGGAAAGAGUCGGCUGUGAUCAUGCCACCGGAAGGGUUGUUAGUCUUCAUCUCAGAAGAACAUUCAGGGACGACUACUACUUAUUUGAUCGAGCCGGCUUGUUUGUCGAAGACGACAAUCUAGAUAGCGUUGAUGAGGACUACUACUUAGAAGGUGACGAGGUGAAUUCUUGUUUGACAGAGUUGGUGAAUCUAAAACAUCUAGACUUGAGUGGGAACGAUUUCUACAGAAUUCGAAUUCCAGAGUUUAUUGGAUCGUUCAAACAUCUAAGGUAUCUCAAUCUCUCUAGUGUAGGGUUCAGUGGUAAAAUUCCCCAUCAAAUUGGAAAUCUUUCCAAUUUGAAGGUUCUUGAUCUUAAUUCACCAUCAUAUUACUUAAAAGAGUUGAUGACAGAUGAUAUGUCAUGGAUUUCUGGCCUUUCGAAGCUUGAGCAUCUUGACUUGAGUGGUGUAGAUCUUAGUAGAGUACAAAACCUGGAUAACUUACUUUACACGAUUCCUUCCUUAUUGAACCUAAGUUUGUCCGCAUGUGGAGUUUCUAUGUCUCAUCUUGGUUCUUGUCAUCCCAAUUCCAGUAAAGAACUUUCUAAGUUCAAGCACCUGGAUCUUAGUGAAAAUGAUUUCAGAGGUCAGCUCCCUGGCUUAAUUCUAAACAUGACAUCCCUAAAGUUCCUUGAUUUUUCAGAAAAUAAUCUUAGUAGGCCAUGGAGAUUUGAACACUUCAUAAACAUGAUACCUUCUGUUUUCGAGUUGCGUUUAUCAGGUUGUUGGAUCCAAAAUAUCAAUUUCUCUCCCACCAAUCUUAAUUUCACUACACAUUCUAACAUACAACACUUGGAUCUUAGCUUCAAUGAAAUUGAAAGUAGAUUUCCAUCAGUUUUAACAAACAUAAGUUCUCUGUUAUCUCUUGACAUUUCGGGGAACAUGUUGAAUUCAUCAAUUCCUGUCGUGCCUAACCUUCUUAAGCUCGAUAUUUCUGCAAAUAACUUUAUGCACAUUGACGAUAUUGGAAUCUGGAGACAGUGUCACAUCAAAGAAAUAAUCGGUUCAGACAAUAAACUUAAAGGAGAAAUGAUUGGCCCAUCAACUAAUGUAUCUAAAUGCACUCAAAAUGCAUUAGAGAUUUUGUAUUUAGAUUUCAAUAGAUUAAGCCUUUCAAUUCCAGAAUCCCUUGGAAGAUUGACCAAUUUAAGAGGUUUAGAUUUGUCAUACAAUGAACUUAUAGGCCCAUUUCCUAAAGCUCUAGGGAAACUAAGAUCGCUUCAAGGAUUAUAUCUAUCUUAUAAUCAGUUGAGCGGUUCCAUUCCAGAAUCAUUGGGAAAACUAACUUCAUUAAGAAUGCUUUCAGUAUCUUCAAAUUUGUUAAGUGGACCCAUUCCAAAUUCGGUUGGGCAACUCACCAACUUGCAUCUUUUAGACAUCUCUGGCAAUUCUUUUCAAGGAGUGGUUUCGGAAGACCUUUUUGCUAACCUCUCAAUGUUGAAGUACUUGAAUGCGGAUUAUAACAAUAAAUUGCUUUUCAAUAUUUCACGCGCGUGGAUACCUCCGUUUCAAUUAAAAUCCCUUCGACUUAGUUCUUGCAAGAUUAACAAUGGAUUUCCACAAUGGCUUCAAUCUCAAACGAAACUUGAGGAAUUAGUGUUGUCGAAUGCUGGCCUUUUUGGACCUCUUCCCACAUGGUUGCGCCUGAUGCCUAUCAUACGUGUCUUAGACCUUUCUCACAACAAACUAACCGGUCCUCUGAUGAACCUUCCUUCUGUAUACGAGGAGGUACGUUAUGAAUCGGGAAGCUCAUUGCUCUUGCAAAAGAAUCUUUUUAGCGGGUUGAUUCCAAAGUGGUUAUGCAAAAGGAGAGAUUUGCUUGUUCUUGAUCUUUCUAGAAACAGGUUGACUGGGAAAAUUCCCAAAUGCCUAUGGAAUCUAUCCCUGAAUGUGAUGAUACUUGGUUCAAAUAAGCUAUCUGGUGCCUUACCGAGUUCUUUAGGCCGUAACAAUCCAUCCUUGAAAUGGUUACAACUUAAUGACAAUAACUUGAAUGGAGAGCUUCCUCAAGAUUUUGGAUAUUUUACAAAUUUGCAAUUUUUGGAUUUGGGUGAGAACAAACUCUCAGGAAAUAUACCUGAAUGGAUUGGAGAAAAUGUUACAAUGCUGGUUGCUAUGAGAUUGCAUAUGAACAAUUUCACUGGAAGAAUUCCUCACUCUUUGUGCAAAUCUCAACAACUUCAAAUUUUAGAUCUGGCACACAACAACUUAAUAGGAUCCAUCCCUCAUUGUUUUGGAGAGUUGGAUGGCAUGAAAGGUAACUCAUUUCAUGGCUUCCAUUUGCUUUUUUCUGGUUAUGGAAAUGUGAUGCAGGUCCUCAAAGGUGUUUCACUUGACUACACGAAUACCGUGGGAUUCGUCAUAAACAUGGAUCUUUCGAGCAAUAAUCUAGUUGGAGAAAUACCUAAACCGCUAACGGCACUUGAUGGAUUGAUGGGUCUCAAUCUGUCAAAUAAUCAUUUUAGUGGGGGUAUUCCAAAAAACAUUGGGAACAUGAAGUCAUUGAUGUCUCUCGAUUUGUCAGCAAACAAGUUGAAUGGUACUAUUCCUCCAAGCAUAGCAGCUUUGAAUUUCUUGAGUUACUUGAAUUUGUCACACAACAACUUGUCAGGACAAAUUCCAACAGGAAAUCAAUUGCAGACGCUUAUCGAUCCAUCAAUAUAUGCUGAUAACACAUAUCUAUGUGGUGCACCACUGCCAACGGAAUGCUCUCCUCAUAAAUACACAGCAAGCAAGAAGAAAUACGAAAAUCGUAAUGAGCCAAAGAAGGUAUGGUUAUACGUGGACAUAACAAGCGGUUUUGCAACAGGUUUUUGGGGUACUAUUGGAGUGUUGUUGUUGAAGAAGCAAUGGAGACAUAAGCUUUUUUCAUGUUUUGUGAGGUAA